ACGUCAUUUUCCGGCAAUAACAUUACGCAUAACUGACACUUCAACUUUCUCUUUAAUUUCACUUCGCUAGAGAGAGUUUCUUUGUGUCGUUUCUAGUGUUAGAGAAUAUAUUGUAUUUUCUUUUUGGAAGAAAAAGGAAGGAAGAUGUUUCGUCCAAGCGUGUUUCUUUUGGGAGCGUUACUUUUGCAGUUUUCUUAUGAAGCUUAUGCCAUGAAGUGCCCUAUGCCUUUGGGGUUAGAGCUUAAUUGCCCAACGAUUUUAAUGGACUCCAAUAAAGAAUUUUGCUGUAAUUCUGCAAAUAAUGUGCCAUAUUGUUGUGAUAUUGGUGAAUAUAUUCAGAACAACUCUGCCAUUAUAGCUGGAAUGAUAGUUGGACUCUUGAUCCUUGUGAUAAUUAUCACUCUGUGCUGCUGUUGUUUCUGCAGUUGCUGCCUCUUAGCAAGACGUAGAGUACAGCGUGGAACUGUUAUUUAUGCACCAGUACCUGCACAACAACAAAACCCGCCAACAUCUUCAGUUUCUCCUCCUAUGUAUUCUGCACAGUCUGGUGUAAUUGUACAUGCACCUCCUCCCUCAGGUCCCUCACAGUAUCCACCACCAUACCCUCAUGAUACCUACCAGCCCCCUGUUAAUCCAAAUUAUAAAUAUUAAUUUCCUUUAUCAUCAAAGAUGCAUUUUAUGUAUAGCACAUUAAGUUUUGGCAUUAUUAACAUGAUACUGAAUCAAUUUCAAAGUUAGUUAAUAGUGUGAAGUUUUAUUUAAUUUCUGGCAACUUUUAUUGCCAUCAUUUGCCUUAUGUAAAAAAUUAAAUGUAAACAAAAUAAAAAUAUUUAAAAUGUGCUCAGUAACCGAACAAGAAUAUCUCUGAUCUUGUGCCAAUUUACAAGUUAUGAAAUAUGCUGUUAUUCAGUUUAUUGUUCACUUGAAUUAUAUUCUGCAGUUCAAAUUUGUAAAUUGAUAUUUGAAUCUAUGCAAGAUCUGUAUUUUGUAUAUAAGAAAAGUCAAUCAUUUGUUGGGUUGUAUUCUUAUUUCAUUUGUAUCGUGUACUCUCAGUGUACAAUAUCAAUAAAUCUUUAAAUGGAAUGUAUAUAUUUAUGUAUAUUUUAAUGUAAAAAUUUGUACUUGUAAUCGUGUUAGUACUGUUUUGUGAUGUUUUAUAUAUAUAACUGAUUACCUUCAGCUGUGCCAGCAGUCAUACAAACAUGGUAUUUGUAACCUUGUUACUAUAAUAUCAUUUUUAUAUGAAUAUAGGCUGGAAGGGGGCAGGUCAUGUAAUUACAGGGAGAAAUACAACAUUAAAGUAAAAUGUGCAUUUCAUAAUUAUCAUAAAAGUUAGCUGCCAAAAGUUUUAUGUGUUGUAAUGUAUGAAUUAGCUCUAUAUAGGUCUUGAAUCUGUACUAUUUCACUAAUAUCUCUAAGCUGAGACAGUUUUUUUUUUUUCUAAAGAUAUAUGUAAUAUUUUUUAUCAAAAAAGAGAAUGAGGAAAAGAAACCUCGUUUUCUCUUUACGUGCGUCCUUUUUGUCCUGAUUAUUAAGAUUCAGGUUUUUAUAUGACUAAAAUUUUAUUGUUUUAAUCUUUUUAUUUAUCAUCAGAUAGCUUUAUUUUGAUUUUCUGUUUGUCAGUAAAAGUACAGUAAUAAUUUAACUAACACUCAUAAUUUGGAACUGGAAAGUUCUUUCAUUUAUACUUUGUUAAAUUAAUUUUUUUAACUCAUUUCUUUACAAGAAUUUGCACCAAAGGUUAUAAAAUCCUUUUAUCAGAUUUUCGAAAUUUUUUGCAAAAAGAAACAAGUAAUGAGAAUUUACAUGUAAUGAAGAGUGCAAAUUGCGUAGCUAGCUAAAAUAUCUCAUGCGUCCAUUCACUAUGAAUCCAGUUACCUUUCUCCAUAUUUAAAUAUUUUUGUUCAUAGCAGUGAAUAACAUUAAUGAGAUUGCAAGCAGAGAGAUUUACAGUGUUUUCAAAUAGCUGACAUUUUUGACACUUUUUUUAUAUUUUCUAAAAUAAAAUUUUGGUGUAUUUUCACUCCAUACUAAAUUUAAAUUUCUAUUUCAUGUAUACAUUUCAAAAUCCAUUGAAUUUCUACACUGUUUUGAAAUUUUAAAGGUUUAAAAAAAAUGGUUUUUUUACUAAUAUUUUUUAAUAAAUUACAGUACAAAUUAGUCUACUAAACUGUUUGAUGUUAAUAUAUAUUUGGAUGAGGGCUACAUCUAGUUUUUUUAAUCUUUCCAGAACUUUGGUAAUUGAUAGUCAUAUAUGCUGCUACAUUGUGUAUUUCAGCUUCUGUGAGAAAUGAACAUUUGAGCUUUUUAAAUUUACUUUUUAUCUAAGCAUUGUUUUGUAUUUAAUUGUUCUCCGAACAGUAUAUAAAUUCCUAUAUUGUAGAAUUAUGUCAAUAAAGUAUGUAUAGUGAAUUAGCAUUGUGAUUUUUAAUAUUUGACUUUUGCAUUUUUCUAACUUAAAACUAUGUUUUAAUAUCAGUGUUAAAGCAAUACAGUUGUGACAUUGUCUUAUCAAAUUUUAGCGUUAGUGAUUUGUAAUGUGUGAGUAAAUAUGGCAGAAUUUUCAUUAAAUGUACUGUACUGUAUUGUAUUGUUUAUGGUAGACAGCUCCAUUUGUCCGUCCGUUGAGCAAGGUUGUUAAAGUCUGGAAAUUAGGAAAAUAAAGAGUAGAACUACUUUA